GGAGGGUGUACUGUGUGCGUUCCCGCAGCAACAGGGAAGAUGGCUGCACUCACAUCUCUCACCCAGCUGUCAAGUGGGAACCCUGUGUACGAGAACUUUUAUAGACAGGUGGACCCAGGAAACACAGGGAGAGUAGGGCCCACGGAAGCUGCGUUGUUCCUGAAGAAAUCGGGUCUUCCUGAUGUCACUUUGGGAAAGAUCUGGGAUUUGGCAGACCCAGAUGGGAAAGGGUUCUUGGACAAACAGGGGUUCUAUGUAGCGCUGCGGUUGGUGGCCUGUGCGCAGAGUGGACAAGACGUCAGCCUCUCAAGUUUGAACCUCACUAUCCCUCCCCCCAAAUUUAAGGACACUAGCAGCCCAUCUCUCAGCACAUCAUCCGUCUCUAGUGAACCCCACUGGGCUGUGAGGCCUGAAGAAAAGGGUAAAUUCGACGGCAUAUUUGAAAGCCUUGCACCAGUCAGUGGACUCCUCUCUGGUGACAAAGUAAAACCAGUUCUAACCAACUCAAAACUACCUCUGGACGUGUUAGGAAAGGUUUGGGAUCUCAGUGACAUUGAUAAAGAUGGACAUCUGGAUCGAGAGGAGUUUGCGGUGGCCAUGCACCUGGUCUACCGGGCCUUGGAGAAGGAACCGGUCCCCUCUGUUCUCCCCUCGUCUCUCAUCCCUCCAAACAAGAGAAAGAAGUCAUUGGUGGGCUCCCUUCCUGGCAUGGUGCCCAUGUUGCCCGCCAGCCCCCCGCCCCCCAAGGACAGCCUGCGCUCCACCCCUUCCCACGGUAGCAUGAACUCCCUCAACAGCGCCGGCAGUCUCUCUCCCAAACAUUCUCUAAAAUCUGCACAGCACUCAGUGAACUGGGUAGUCCCGGUGACAGACAGAGGGCGCUUUGACGACAUCUUCCUGAAGACAGACUUGGAUGUAGAUGGCUUUGUCAGCGGCAUGGAAGUCAAGGACAUCUUCAUGCACUCGGGGCUGCCCCAGAAUCUGCUGGCACACAUAUGGGCCCUGGCAGACACCAGGCAGAUGGGGAAGCUGACGCGAGAGCAGUUUUCUCUGGCCAUGCACUUCAUCCAGCAGAAAGUCAGCAAAGGCAUUGACCCUCCUCAGGCCCUGACCCCUGACAUGAUCCCCCCUUCAGAGAGGGGCACUCCCGUGCCAGUGUGUACCACUCCCUCCCAUAGUAUGUCUGGGUAUAUGACUCCCGUGGGCUCUGAGGUGGCUGCUCUGUCUGAGAUGAGGCGGGACAGCUCCAGUUCUGUGGGGUCAGGGUCAGAGUUCACUGGAAUCAAGGAGCUGGACGACAUCAGUCAAGAGAUCGCUCAGCUGCAGAGGGAGAAGUAUACAUUGGAGCAGGACAUCAGAGAGACAGAGGAGGCCAUCAGACACAAGUCCUCGGAGGUGCAGGAGAUGCAGAACGACCUGGACAGAGAGACGUGCAGCUUGCAGGAGCUGGAGGCCCAGAAGCAGGAGGCCCAGGAGCGGCUGGAGGAGAUGGACCAGCAGAAGGCCAAGCUGGAGGACAUGCUCAACGACGUCCGGAUCAAGUGCAAUGAGGAGUCCCAAAUGAUUUCAUCCCUGCAGAAUCAGAUCCACUCCCAGGAGACUGACCUGCAGAGCCAAGAAGAGGAGCUGAGUCGGGCCAAGGCAGACCUGAACCAGCUGCAGCUGGAGGAGAGCCAGCUGGAACAGAGCCUAACGGCUGGCAAGUUCCAACUGGAGACCAUCAUCAAGUCCCUCAAAGCCACCCAGGACGAGAUCAACCAGGCUCGCAGUAAGCUGUCUCAGAUCCACGACAGCCAGCAGGAGAUGAAUAAGAGCAUUGAGCAGUACAACAGCAACCUGAACGGGACCCACGGAGGCAGCAUGACCAACCUGGCUGACAUGAGCGAGGGAUUCCACGACCGUGAGAAUGGAGGUUUCGGAGCCAUGGAGGAUCCGUUUAAGGUGAAGACAUCUGGGUUCUGUAGCGUCCCUCAGGAGAUGCACACAGACCCCUUCCACUCCGAAGACCCCUUCAAGACAGACCCGUUCAAAGGUGACCCCUUCCAAAACGACCCUUUUGCAAAGCAGCCAUCACUACCAGCGGCUGCAGAUCUCUCUCACCACCCAGACCCCUUUGGGGGGGACCCAUUCAAAGAGACGGACCCCUUCAAGGCUUCGUCGGAAGACUUCUUCAGGAACACCACCGUCAAGGCAGACCCCUUCAGCACCCCCGACCCCUUCAGUAAAAGUGCCACGCUCCCCACCAAGACUAGCCACUUUACAACCAGCGCAGACCCUUUCAUAUCCAUUAGCCCAAAAUCCACCAGAGGCCCAGGACCAGAUCUCUUUGGCACGCUCGACCCCUUUGGAAGCAGUACUGCCUUUGGAAGCAGUAACAGCUCAUUUGGCAGUAACAGUGGGUUCGCAGACUUCAGCCAAAUGUCAAAGGUCAGAGACCCGAUGGAAGGAAGAGGAGGCUUUCCAGAAUACCAGCAGUCUGGGUUCGUGGACGACCCCUUCAGUAGGAAGCAGGACGGCCCAGCUCUGCCGCCCAAGAAGAGCAUUCCACCCAGACCCAAACCACCCAGUGGUAAAAGCACCCCCGUCAACAUGCCUGGAGGAGCGGGCGACUCGACCAAGCCCUGCGACCCCUUCCAGCCGUUCGGCAGUGACGUCAUCGACCCCUUUAGUGGCAAAGAUCCUUUUGCUCCAUCUGCCUCAAGUAAAGCCUCUAAAGACUGUUCCUUGGGUUUUGCAGACUUCAGUUCUGUAAGUUGAGCUCAGUGAUACUCUCUCUCUGUCCAGACCAGUCUUUAUAUACCUAGCCACUACCUCUGCUUAAGUUCCCACAACGUUACCUGAAGGAUCUAGAGCGGAACUAACCACAAGGCCCUGGCUGUUUAUCUACUCAUCUUUCUGCGUCCUGGCAUCCCUUCACUGUGCAGACAUCUAUGUUAAUCAAUGACCUACCAUCACUCCACACAAAGACCAGAGCCAGGCAUCUUCCCACUCAGACCCAUGGCAAAUUAACCACCAUGUAGGGUAACUGUUGGCUAUGGCAUAAUCACUAGCAAUAACUACUGUUCAUGAUCACUGAUCAUCUGAUCAUCACUUUAAUUAAUUGUGUGAUCCAACCCUACCUCAUAUCUAAGAUGAUGACUGAACUCCCACACAUUUUUGCCGUCUAGCUGUUUUCUGAGUGUAAGCCUGUCAAAGGUUGCAUAAGACUCACUUAUCUAUACUGUGUUAUGAUUUUGGUUGGGGGGGUUCUCAACCUAUGCUUUGUAGUUGGUUGCACACCACCUACAAUGCAUUCGGUAUUGUGCAGUAAAGUGCAGAGCUGCAUUGCAGAAGUGGUCCCCGGUGCUCGUGCAGGAAAGGGUGUCAGCCCUUUUUGUGGUUUGAUGUGUACGCCGCGAUUGGAACAUAAAAAAAUCUAUAUCUAUAUUUUGCCAUGUGGUUUGUUGUGUAGAAUGCUAGAGGCUUCCCAAAACAAGCACAAAUGAAAAUUAUUAUUUCCAUCACCUCUUUAGCAGUCCAAUAAGUGGAUUCUGGCAGUGUGAAGUAUUAUUCAACUAGCCAGUCGGCGCUUUAAGGUUAGGGUUGAAUAAUCCAGCCAGUGCGGUGCUAUGGCCUGGGCUGUCUGUCUAAACCAACCAAUGGGUGUCUCACACAGUGUAGCCAUAAUCCAGGAUGUAUUCAGGAUCUUCUUAUCUGAAUAUUGACCUUUUCCAUCUCAGCUCCCGGCAUUAGCAUUCAGUCAGUCAGCCAGUCAGACAGUCACUCAGUAAGGCGGUCAGCCAGUCAGUCAGUCAGCCAGUCACUCAGUAAGGCAGCCAGCCAGCCAGUCAGACAGUCACUCAGUCGGUGCGUACCCUAGGCCAGGCUAGGCCGGAAAGGGGAGCCCAUCCUGUGAGGUUUAGUGACUGACAGCUCCAAGCCACUGGUCUGGCUGUGGGAUCUGUUGACACGGGAAGCAGUAGUAUCACUACUCAGCUCUCAGUCCUGAGUUCUUACCCCUCAGGUCUAUGUUGUGUGUCAGUCAUGUAUUGCCUUAUUAGUGUUUAGAUACAGUAUUAGUGUGUAUCAGUGUUUUUUUCUUUUCUUUAGGUUUAGUUUGCUCAAUCUGUUUAGUGUUGGUCUGCUGCAUGACAUCGGUAGCAUAGAUCCUGCUUUACCAUCUCUGACUUGUACCAAACUACUCCCAAAGUUGCCAAAACUAUUUUAACAGAGUCAACUGCCCAUACUUUAUUUAAACUAAAGAGGUAUUGUGUUCCACAUUGAAUAUAUUAUCUAGAAAAAUACCAGAUGAACUUGGCCCCUGAAUUGAAUUAUAAAUAUUUAAAGGAAACAAAUAUAGCUAUUAAAUGCCUCAAUGGACUCUGUUCCAUAUUUAUUUUGGUCAGCAUGGUUCCAAGAAUUGAAUGYCCUCAUUUGACCCUGACAUUUGAAUCAGAUCUAAGGAUGGCAAAGCAGUAUCUUAGAAUGUGUGUGCGUUCUGAUAUGCAUGGGAGAGUUCCUAGCUUGACUUCGGUUCGAUCUCAUACUACCACUUUAACAGCGAAUCAAAAAUGUCCUUCCCAUUUUCUCUCUACAUGUCGUCUUUGCAUGUUGUUCAAAUAUGCUUUUAGUUGCUCAUUCAUUUUCAUUUGGGAAACGAACUGAAACGGUCCUCCAUGUCGCCUUCUCAUAGUUAGUUGUAUCUUGUGGUGAUGCUGUUUCGUUGUGUGCUCGGUGUAAAAUGGAUGGUGUGAUACACGAUUAGUGAAUUGUUUAUUUGGUGUUUUGUAAUUCAUUUUUCUCUCGCAGGACCAGAAAAAGUUAAGGUAAGAAUGUUUAAUAACGCGGUCAAAUUGAAAAGUGCUUUGUUUUGUAUUUCGCUCACGUACUUAGGCUCUGAGC